GAUCCCUCGAUCCCGCGUUUCCCACCAUCAACAACAUCCCACGACGACUCGACCGAUCAGAAACCGCGUUCGAAUCCGCAUCCUUCCAUCAACCGUUUUUUCCCAAAUUUUAUUCCCGAUUUUUUUUACGCGACCUCUCCAACAAUGGCGGGCGGAAAGGGAAAGUCUUCUGGUGGAAAGAGCUCCGGCGGCAAGACGAGUGCUGCCGAGGGCUCCAAGAAGCAGCAGAGCCACUCUGCUCGCGCCGGUCUUCAGUUCCCUUGUGGUCGUGUCAAGCGUUUCCUCAAGCAAAACACUCAGAACAAGAUGCGCGUGGGAGCAAAGGCUGCCGUGUACGUCACUGCUGUUCUCGAGUAUCUGACAGCUGAAGUCCUAGAGCUGGCAGGCAAUGCUGCCAAGGACCUCAAGGUCAAGCGUAUCACGCCCCGCCACCUCCAGCUUGCCAUCCGUGGUGACGAAGAGCUCGACACCUUGAUCCGCGCGACGAUUGCAUACGGUGGUGUGCUGCCACACAUCAACCGCGCACUCCUGCUCAAGGUGGAGCAGAAGAAGAAGGCCAAGGCGCUCGAGGGUUAAGACGACGACUUGAUCGAUCCGGGAUUGGUUUUUGCUUUGCUUGCUUGCUUGGGUCUUGUGGAAUGCUGGUUUAUGGGACGGUAAUGCAGAAAUGCUUUGAUUCGAAUUCGAAGAGGCGCCGCAAGAUGGACGAAUGCCGGCACGACAACGACAACGACGACGGCUUGGAUAGCCGAUGGAAGGUGCUUGCCCUCUGAAAAGGCACACGUGGAGUCUUGGCGUCAACUUACGAGAAGCCGGCGCCGAUGAUGAAAAGGCCCACGCCAUGACGGGUCGCUGUGUGCCAUUUUGGCAGCGAGAGCCGUGUACAGCAGCUGUGCGUACGCCUCGGCGUGGUGUAUGAGAUGAGGCAUGGACCGUUGUGCUGAUGGACUGGAUUAGGUAGACACGGAGAAUACGAGUUCCUGGUUGAGUCG